GGAUUAGGCUCGUGUUCUUGCUGGGACCAGCAUGGCUCCUGAGUGGCAAAGGAGAUGAUCCCAGCUAAACCGUAACCUCACCUCGUCACACUUUCUAUCUGCUCGAUCACAGAUAAAAGAACUGCUUGCUUCCAGUGAUGAGGAAGAGGAGGUGAAGCCAGCGAAGGUGGAAAAAUCUUACGUCCCCAAAAUCAAAGGUAGCGUGAAGGGGAAGUUUGCAGAAAUGGAAAAACAAAGACAAGAGGAGGAGAGGAAGAGGAUGGAGGAAGAGAGGAAGAAGAGGGAGGCCCAGGAUAAGCUGGAGAAAGCCAAAAUCCAGAAAGAACUGGCUCAAAAAGCCGCUGAGGAAGGAGAUGAGACAAUCCUGGUACGUGUGGUCCCAGCGAAGCCGUCACGACCUCCCGGCAAAAUCAAAGUGAAUUUUGAAGACAUGGAGAAGAAUCGAGAGGAGGAGCUAAAAAGGAAGGCAGAAGAGGAGAAAAAAAGACGCUACGACGAAAACAAGCGCUCCUUCCGGGAAGUGAAGAGACGCUCAGUUAAUCAGCAGGAUGAAGAGGAGAAAGCUUCCGAUAAGGUUCAAGUGACUCCUGGAAAGCUGAAACUGACAUUUGAGGAGCUGGAGAAAGAAAGGCAGGAGCAGAGGAGGAAGCAAGCUGAGGAGGAAGCCAAACGCCGCCUGCUAGAGGAGAAGAAAGCUUUUGAGGAGGCCAGGCUGGGAAUGGAAGAAGACGAGGAAAGCACUCAGCCCGAACAGGAAGACAAGGAGGAGUUUCGUCCAGGAAAACUGAGACUGAGCUUUGAAGAGCUGGAGAGACAAAGGGUAGAGGAAGAGCGCAAGAAAGCAGAGGAAGAGGCCAAGAGACGGAUGGAGGAGGAGAGAAGAGCUUUUGCUGAAGCCAGGAAAAGCAUGCUUGUAGACGAGGAUGACGAGGUGCUGAUGGCCUUGCUGAACCUGGAGGGCACUGAGCCUGGGAAGAUAUGUGUCAGCUUUGAGGAGCUGGAACGCCAGAGGAGAGAGGAAGAGCAGAAAAGGGCAGAGGAGGAGGCUAAGAGGAGACUGGAGGAGGAAAAGAGGCUGUUUGCUGAGGCCCGCAAGAGCAUGAGCCCUGGUCUGGAUCAGGAAAAGUCUGCAUUUGGAGAUGAAACAGUACUAGAUGAGAACGAAGGGAUGGUAAAGAGUGAGUCUCAGGAAGCCCUGCACCCCAGGAAACUGGAGAUCAACUUUGAAGAGCUGCUGAAAGAGAAGGAGGAAGCUGAGAGGAGACGCAAGGCAGAGGAGCGCAAAAAGAAAAUGGAGCAAGAAAAGCAGGAAUUCGAACAACUCAGACAAGAGAUGGGCGAGGAAGAAAUAAAUGAAAGCUCAGAAGUUGUAAGCAAAGAGUACGAAGAGCUCACUAAGCUCAAGAGAACCGGCUCCAUUCAGGCCAAAAGCCUCAAGUCCAAGUUUGAGAAGAUCAAGCAGCUGACUGAGGAGGAGAUUCAGAAGAAGAUCGAGAUGGAGAGAGCCAAGAGGAAGGCCAUCGAUGAUGAAAUUAAGGAGAGAGAAGCUGAGCGGUUCCAGGAGGAUGAGGACCAGGAAACGACUCCAGCGAGGGCCGAAGAGUCACCGUUCAAACAGAAAGUGGACAUGCGAGCCCGCUUUGAGCAGAUGGCCAAAGCCAGAGAGGAGGAGGAACGGAGGAGGAUAGAGGAGCAGAAACUGCAGAGGAUGCAGUUUGAGCAGCAGGAGAUUGAUGCUGCUCUCCAAAAAAAGGAUGAUGACGUGGAGGACGAGGGUAGCAUCAUUAACGGCUCUGCGGCUUACGAAGAUGAGGAGGAUCACGCCAGGUCAGGGGCCCCGUGGUUUAAAAAGCCCCUCAAAAACCAGUCGGUGGUAGAUUCUGAGCCAGUUCGGUUCACCGUAAAGAUCACCGGGGAACCAAAGCCAGAGGUGACCUGGUGGUUUGAGGGAGAGAUGCUUCAAGAUUGUGAGGACUAUCAGUACAUAGAGAGAGGAGAGACAUACUGCCUCUACCUGCCGGAGACCUUCCCCGAGGACGAGGGAGAGUACAUGUGCAAGGCUGUGAACAGCAGAGGCACGGCAGCAAGUACCUGCAUCCUCACAAUAGAAAGUAAGACCACCUUGGUGUGAUUGCAUGCCCGUCUGGAUAUGAACCUCUCUUCACGAAGUGGAUCGCAUGCUCCUCUUCCUCGUAGACUCUGGCCAGAUGGCCGAUUUGGAUAACCGUUCUUCUGUUUCUUUCUUGCAGCUUACGACUACUGAUGCCGCCUCGUGUUCUGGAGAGUUUCCCUCUGUCUCUCACUCCUUUUGUAAAACGUCGUCCCUCCUGGCAUUGUCAAACAGAGGGAAGGAAAUAGCAGUGUGCUUGGCAUUCCUAAGGGAGGGACACAUAACACACAUGCAAAAAACAAAGACAAGAUGUUGUUUACGUAUUGCUCAAAUGUAAAGCUGCACUCCCCUCUAGGAUGGAAGAUGAUACCUGUGCCAAAAACAGACGUGAUUCUUGUUCCCACGACACGGGCUGCACCAAAACUUCAAAACGAUCUCUCCUGCACAGCCCUGACAAUAUUCGUCAUACCAGCACAUUUCCUGCACUGUUCUGGUACUGUUCUGUAAAUAUCACAUGUUUUGGUCCAUAAAUGGCAAAUGUUAAGCUUGAGGUAUUGAAAUGUUAAAUGUAAGAUGUGCAUUCACUUAAAGAACAGCAGUUAUAUUGACGAUUUAGAGGCAGCCACGUGUUGCAGGAACAAAACAGCUGCAUCCCUGAGUUUUACUUGCAGCCUCUACAGAUGAAUUUUUCAUGCACCAACCAUUUUUGUGUUAAAUGUACUACACUUAAAGUUGUCGAGGACAACUGUUUUAAGGUUUGAUAAUGAAUAUAAAAGUAGACUUGUCCGAUUAUUUGUCGUAUAUUAUAAAUAGAAAAAAAAACUUGUAAUAAAAUGA